CAUGACGUCAGAAGUUAAAUUUAAGUGUGGGCUAAAUUUAGCAACUAGGAAAUUACGAGUUAUGGAUAAUAAGGUUUGGAUUUUCCAUAAUGAACCUAGAAUCAGUUUGCUGUGUGAGGAGAGACAGAGUGUUUUGUAGAGUGGGUCAACAGUAGCCUUACUAGGCUGUCUGUAUAUCUUUUCGGCAUUCUAUAGGCCUAAAAAGAUAGUGGUAGCCUACCGAAGAUAGGACCAGACAGGCAAACCUACCAUUCCUCCCUGCUGUGCAUGGUCCUGGUGAUAAAAGACGGUGAGGUUAGAUACUAUAUAGGCGUCUGUCCAACAACAUCAUCAUCUGAGUACUACUAUAGAGUAGUAAUAAGCCCUAAACUAAAGGAUGUCUUACAAACUCCGAGCAGGUGACCUGGUUCAAGUAAAACGUUGGGAUCCAGUUCCUUACUGGCACUGGGGAGUGUAUAUUGGUAAUGGUGAGGUCAUCCACCUCUCUGGAGCUGAGUUUGAUCUCAAAGCAAAAAGUUCAGCAAAUGUCCACCGGGUGACCUGGAAGGAAUUUCUAGGUGGAUCUGUCGAAUGGGACUAUGUUCCGUGCCCCUCAAACAUCGACCGUGCAGAAGUUGUAAGACGUGCAAAGAGUGCUGAAGGGGGUUAUUUUAGAAAUCGGCCAUAUGAUCUCAUUAGUAACAACUGCGAGCAUUUCGCACGUUGGUGCCACGGUGAAGCGGAGAGUAAGCAAGUGCAAACUGCGACUAAGUGGGCGGUCUUUGGUGGCGCUGUUGCUGUUGUAGGAGCCGGCAUACUUGGAGCUAUACUUUCAGAAGACAAAGAAGAAAAGAGGAAAGAAAGGCCUUACUAAUCUUGACAGCCUAUCGAUACAGAAAAGUAUACAGUACAAUAAUAAUUAUGUUUUAAUUUAGAAUAAUUAUUUUCCCACCUUUUUGAAACUCCAAAGUACAAUAAUACAUUUCAUGCUUUGUAUUUGAUGUAUUAUUUAUUUUCGUGUUGGCAAUAUUCUAUAUAAUUCCAUUUCAAAAAUGAGCCUGGAGAGGUUGUUGUUUACUUCCUUUUUUCAUUUUGGUGAACAAAUAAAAAAAUAUAUGUGGCAAAGAAGAUUUUAAAAAGUAUAUAUUUGUACUUUAAAAAAUUUAAUGGAGUACUAUCCGUAGGCAUGGUCAAUAAUACCCAAACGUGCCUAUAUAUGUCAGAUUUUAUUUUUUAAAGGAGACUUAAAUCAUUUAAUGUAAACUCAAAUCUACAUGUUUUUUUAAGAAGUUAUCUUAAAAAGUGUACUUAUUAAUGACUUUGCUGUUUGGUACUCAUGUCUAACACUCUGUAAUAAGCCAAAGAUUAAGAUUUUUGAAAACUGCUAAAAGAAUAAUUAUGGAUGAUGUAAAUAUUAAUAUUGAUGAACAUCAAUCAAACAGUACUCCGUAAAUUAGAUAAGAUCAUUAGCGAUGCUUCGCAUCCUUUACACUCAAACUAUCAUAAGAACAACUCUAACCAUUUAAACCUGGUUUCCGUCGCUACGGUGCUUUCACUGCAAUCUGUGCCGUGCAUAGCUGUUCCUGUUGCAAUUGGGAACUCCCCCGAUUCAACUGACCUAUCAGUUUCGCCAAAGGAGUCAGGGAUACCAUGUAGCGAUUCUUUAUGGAAAACCAGGGUUUAAUUGCACAACCAAUAGAUGCAGGAACUAAUUUGUUUAUUACUCCGUUUUCGUUUUUAAACAUAAUUUUAUCAGAUACUACCGGUAAUUCAUCUGAAAAGUCCUCCUGUCAACUCUUUAAUACAGUAUAUUCAAUAUUUGUGUUUAGAGUAUCCUUCUCUUAAUAUUGAAGUGUUUUUAGGUAUUUAUAAAUGGCUUUAUCUAUAAAAAGAGUACAGGUACUUACUCUUUUUGUUUUGUUGGAUAUACAGUAUUGUAGUUUAAUGUCAGUAUUUUAACAAUAUAAACAUAUUUCUAAUCUCUGUAUAUGUAACACACCUUUUAAGCACCUUGUCCAAAUUUUGACUGUAUCCUGUUGUACUGUCAACAAUAAAAAUUAAUCCUUGAUUUUUUUAUUCCUUUAAUUUUCAGUAACAAACAAUUUACUAACUUGAGCAUAGAAAUCAUUGAAUUAUAUAAAUGUGUACCCAGAUUUUUAAAAUCGAAAAUUA